GUGACGAAGCCAGGAGCGUUGACGCUUUAUGGCGGCAUUCAAUCAGAUUUUGCCGAUGGCAUGCAUCCGUAUGACAGCAUACCAUGGCGAAAGAAGACGACUCUGAAGCUCGUCCCUUUCGACAACUGGGCUGCGUACUUGGACUCGAGCGGGGCGCAGGUCACGUUGGAGCGCUCUUUGGGCCUCGACCGCACUGAUUCCGAGGAC